UCAAUCAAACUUCCUCUCCCUCAACGCCUUACCGAUGAUGCUGGAGUCCUGUGAAAGUCAGCAAGUUCCGUAUGAUUGGCGGGAAAAUUGACCCCAAAACAUCCAUCCCUGAAGCUGUAGAGUAUUAUGGUACCUCCUUCAGAGAUGACAUCAUAAAGAAGAAGAUCAUGUUUCGACAUGUGCCUCAACCGGACGGGACAGUCAGGGAUGAGAUAGAAUACGUCGAUUAUAAUACGAUGAAAUGGUACGUUGUCAGUGAAGGCGUUUGCACGGAACAUGACAUCAAAUUUCCCAUGCCGAAUCCGUGUGUUCCACCCAAUGCUACUUACACGGGGGACUCCGUGUUGGGAGAGGAAGGGCAUGCGCAGGUCCGUCUUCAUCAUUACAACCUGGAUUGGAUGGACUUCCGGGGUUACAAUAUACGAAUUGCUACGGAUGCGCGCACAUGUGAUGUCAUAAUGGAAACAGAUUAUGGGGACGUAGAUGGAGCAAAAACAAUGUAUACGUACCUUUUCUCUGAUCACGUGUCACACAUUGAAGACUACAGUGUCCUUGAUCUACCUGCUCCGUGCCGCCAUUUUGCGCCGAAGCAUAACUAGUUGCCAGAAGCGACGAUUGCCAUUUAGUGUAAUA